AUGACUCGUAUUCUCGUUUACUCCUUAUCAUCGACGGUGGAGAUGAGGAUGCCGGCAGCCUUCGACGCCAACGCCAGCGUGUCCAACAUAGCCUUCCCAGAUGAAGACGAGAAUUCAACAUUCUUCGUUCAGACGAAAUCCUGGCUCUGCGGCAGCGAAUCUUGUGCAAGGAAGAGGACAUUCUCGAAUGCACCUUCCAUCCACGAAAAGCCGCCAAUAUUCCGGGGCACGUGCUCAAAUUCCGGGAGCGAGUCUCCAACAGAAUGGAUGCCUCGAAAGGUGACUGGGGUCAAAGAUUUCGUCAAGGAACGAGUUCAAGGCUCACAGGUAUCCCAACUACUGGAAGGUGCAUCGAAGGGCAAGGUUGCAACGGCAAGUGGCUUUGCACGAGGCGCUCUGAAGAGCGCACGGGAGAAAAGCUUCAGCGCAACUUCGGAGUGCAGCAAGUUCUUGACCGAUUCCACUGUUCCCACAAAAAAUAUGUGGGCGCAAGCUGGACCAUCAUGCCGAGAUAUGCAAGUGCGCCGGCUUCUACUGUCACAUCCCCAAGCCUCCACAGGUCCUCAACUGCAAGGACAUGAAGAAGAUUCUGCAAACAAAGGCAGAAGAGGCCAAAGACCUGGAGUUCAAGCGGUGGAGGCCUUUCGCGCACAAUUUCAUGACGUCGUUCGUUGA